AUGAAGGAUUAUUCAGACACAUAUUUGUUCUCUUGUUUCUCGACAGUGAACGUGGUGGACUUCUGCGGUCAGACCAUCAAGGGGGACGGCAUGGUGGUGAACUCGCAUAAGGACUCUAAGAAGUACUACUUUGUGACCAUGGGCACCGACUGCCACCUCACCAUGCAGGCCGCAUCCCCCCGGGACAAGAUCCAGUUCCACUUCCGCUUCUUCCUGGUGUACAGUUUGUUGAGGGUGGCCCCGCUCAGUCCCGCCCCGCCCUCCCCCCGGGGGUCUGCCCCCCUAGACAGCCCCCGCCCGGACCCCGGGCCUGGCCAGGGGCCCGAGGACCCCUGCCACGCUGGCUCCUACCUCCAGUUCUACGACGGCAGGGAGAGGAGCUCCCCGCCAGUGGGCCCCCCGCUGUGUGGGAAGAGCCCCCCACGGCCGGUGCUCUCCACGGGGGACUACCUGACGCUGAGGCUGGUGACCCGGGGGACCCAGCCCCGCGUGGACUUCGUGGGGGACUUCACCUCCUUCAGGCUGGGGUUCAACCAAUCCGAAUGCAGUGGGGAGCCGUACUUUACCUGUCGCAAUGGCAAGUGUAUUCCUCUGAGUCUGGUGUGUGAUGACAAAGGAAUCGACAACUGUGGGGAUGGAAGCGACCUGGAAGAGAACCUGACUUCUGGAUGCAAAGGGGGUCAGUUGGUAGCUCACACAUCGCCGCCCACCAUUGCAACGUCCGCUGGAGCGUCUGUCCUGACCACAGCGCCGGCCUCCACAGGUAUGAACUGUGGCGCGCCGGACAGUGCGCACAACCUGGAGUCAGCCACAGCCUCCACGGUCCCCGUGUCCCUGCUGGCUCUGUACGUGGCGCUGGGCGUGCUGGGCGCCGCCCUGCUGCUGUGCUGGUGCUGCUGGUCCCCGGCCUGGUUCCUCUGGCGCUUCAGCGUCUGCCGCCACCUGCCCUGCUGCAACGCCACCUGCUCCGCCUGCCAGCUCUGCCUGCGGGGCUGCGGCCACCAUGGAGAGAACCGGCCCAUCAAGGUCACCCCCCACAACCCCGUCAGCGGAACACUGCUGAGGCCCGUAGCCCCAGACGCUAACGUAAGCAGCACUACUGUAGCCGUAUGAGCCACCUGAGUGGCGAACGCUAGCAGCACUACUGUGGCCGUAUGAGCCGCGUGAUUGGCUGUAUCUAUGUAUCCAUGCCCACAAUGUAAAAAGCGUGAAAAAGUUUAGAAGUCUAACAAUAAACUAGGCUUUUGUUUAUUUGGUGUAUUGUCUGUUUGAGGGGAGGAGAUGAGGAGACAGGAGUUAGUUUCUUCAUUUAGUGUGGAUGUGCACUAUUUCUUUGAAAAUGAUCCUAAAAUAAAACAGGUUUUGUAUAAUGAUAUGACAGUUGAGGUGAUGCAGGGUACAUUAUACUUUGAAACGAAUAGUCUUUUUAUUAUUAUUACUCAGAAAGGUACUUUCUGUAUCUUUUGUUGUACAUUGUCUGUUAAUAAGCAGUAUCUCAAUGUUGAUCGAAUGCUGUAUAAACCAUUAAAGCUUUAGAAAAAAAAAGAAUACUCUGUUUUAUUCGAUAUAUGGUUUCAUAUGGUUUUCCUUUGUAUGUUUUGGUUUUCAUAUGUUUUGUGAUUGUAAAAUUAAAUAUGUAACUAACAUUUGUGCAAAACUUGCACACAGGUUUUUUAUUUUUUCAAUUCUUCAAAAUGUAUGAAGUGUACCUUCUCCCUCCGGCCAAGCUGCCUUCCUGUAAGGGUUCAGUCUGAUUGCGUAGCUUGGCUUCAACAUAGGCUAUAGUACAGUGGUCUGGACUACUCUUGUUCGACAUCCUUCUACCAGCAGUAGAAGGAUGCCUCAAUUAGAAUAAUGGGAUUUAGUUUUAGUAAA